GUCGAGUUCAGGCACCCCAGUAACUGCGGGAUCCCAGCUCCAGAGUCGAUCCCGGGAGCCGCUGCGCCUCUGGUAUCAGACAAGGGUUUGUUCAGCUGUACCAGAGCUGUCGUCUCUGCCUGGCAGGAGAAAUGUCAGACGGUUUCUCUUUAUCUGAUGCCUUGACCACCAACAACAAUCUGAACCCCUCUGCACCCCCACCCCAAGGCUGGCCCUCCUGGGGGAACCAGCCACCAGCUCCUGGAGGGUUCCCAGCCUAUGCUGGCCCUCCGGGAGCAUAUCCAGGAGCACCAGGAGCAUAUCCAGCAGCACCAGGAGCAUAUCCAGCAGCACCAGGAGCAUACCCUGGAGCACCAGGAGCAUACCCUGGAGCACCAGGGCCAUAUCCAGGAGGACCAGCAGGACCGGGACCGUAUCCGGGAGCACCUGGAGCAUUCCCUGGAGCACCAUCAGGAUCAGGGCCAUAUCCUGCUCCAGGACAACCAUCCAGUGGCCCUGGAUUUGGGCCACCUCCUGCGCAGGGUGGACAGGCUCCUCCCCUGAAAGUCCCCUUUGAGAUGCCCCUGCAGGCAGGACUCGUCCCUCGGAUGCUCAUAACCAUCACAGGGACUGUCAACCCCAACCCUAACAGGUUUUCACUGGAUUUCAAGAGAGGCAAUGACGUUGCCUUCCACUUUAACCCCCGCUUCAAGGAGGACAACAGGAAAGUCAUUGUCUGCAAUUCGAUGUUCCAGAAUACCUGGGGAAAGGAGGAUAGGACAGCUCCUAGGUUUCCAUUUGAAGCUGGAAAACCCUUCAAGCUCCAGAUCCUUUGCGAGGUGGAUCACUUCAAGGUAGCAGUUAACGAUGCUCACUUGAUGCAGUACAACUUCCGUGAGAAGAAGCUGAAUGAGAUCACCAAGCUCUGCAUUGCUGGGGACAUCACCCUCACCAGCGUCAUGCCGACCAUGAUAUAACUGCCGUGGUGCAGUUUUAAUGUCAACUUUGUGCUCUUACUAUGGCUGUAACAGAAGUGCCUUUUUAUGUGAA